AUGGCUAAUUUUACCAGCUUCUAUCCUUCCAUGUUUAUACUGGUUGGAAUUCCAGGUCUAGAGAUUGUACCUAACUGGAUUUCUAUCAUGUUCUGUUCAUUCUACAUCAUGGCCUUGUUUGGAAACCUUAUCUUAAUUUUGGUCAUUCCAUUGUCUUCCAGUCUCCACAGUCCUAUGUAUAGUUUCCUCUUCCUGCUAGCAGCUAAUGAUACACUGUUGUCUAACUGCAUAGUGCCUAAAAUGUUGUCCAUCUUAUGGUUCAACCUGAAGCUCAUCAGUUUUAAUGGAUGUCUUCUCCAGAUGUUCUUUGUCCAUUGCUUUACAAGUACUGAAUCGGGGCUGUUGCUGACUAUGGCAUUUGACCGUUAUUUAGCUAUUUGUAAACCUCUCAGAUAUACAAUGAUAAUGACCAAUACCCUGAUAAUGAAAAUGGUUAUAAUUCUACUCGCCAGAGCAACCAUUCUGAUAGCACCUACCCUUAUCCUCAUCAAACUUUUUCCAGCUUUCAAGACCAAUGUUAUUGCCCAUUCCUACUGCGAGCAUAUGGCUGUUGUAAAGCUUGCAGCGGCUGACAUUCGUGUGAACAGUGUUUUAGGGCUGAUUGUAGCCUUUACCAUUCUCGGUGUUGAUGUUCUACUUGUUUUACUAUCCUAUUCCAUUAUUUUCCAUGCAGUUUGCAAUAUUCCCUCUAAAACAGCCUGCCUGAAGGCAUUUAACACCUGCACACCCCAUAUUUGUGUGUUUUUAAGUUUCUAUGCCCUGGCAUUUUUUUCCUUCUUAUCUCAUCGUUAUGGUAAAAAUAUUCCUUCUUAUGUCCAUAUAAUUCUGUCUGACAUGUAUCUGCUUGUUCCACCCAUGCUCAACCCAAUUAUAUAUGGUAUAAAAACCAAACGCAUCCGUGACCAGGUAUGGAGUGUGGUCUAUUCACAGAAGCCAAUAUCACAGUUCUCCCCAAGCCAGAUAGAGAUCCACUUCUAA